AUCGAAUAUAUACAGAUUAUAUAAGUAAAAUGAAGCUACUUUUGGUAACGUUGUUAAUUAUCACUUGGGUAUUCACAUGUUGUAAAGCAUAUGUACGUUAUUCUCCCAACGCGACACAUCCAGAUUAUCCCAACCAAUGCUUCGAUGCAAUAGGUCAAAUUCACGUGGACGUUGGAACAACGGUGCACAACAAACACUGUGAACGAGUCACCUGUUAUGAAGAUUACUCGAUGUCAAUCACUGGGUGUGGUGUUAUUGCGGCUUCAUCACAAUGUCAACUGACACCGACAGAUUAUGAGAAGCCAUAUCCAGAUUGCUGUCCUAGAAUGGAUUGUUCAACUUCAAAAACAGAUGUUUAGCUCAUUGAUCCACUGUUCAACAUAACAAUAAGUUAAAAAAAACUAUAAAAUCAGUUCUUUGAAGACACAACCCUUUAACAAA